AAAAAAAAAAAAAACACAAUAUAACAGCAAAGAACAUCAGUCAAAUAAGGAUGAGUGUUUUCUCCAGGCUGCGAGGCGCUUGACAGCUGUUUUGGCUUCUCAAGCUGACAAUCACGUUGUGGCCCUCAAGACAAACCACCCGAUGGAUGCCGACUGAUAUUAGAUGGCAUAAAUACACAGAAGUCACAACGUGACAGGAGCUGCGUGAUUUGGUGCAGUCUUCAUUCCGUUGGUGGGUGAGCAGGAGUCAACGGGUAAACAGCAUUGAUGAUUUGAUGUCAGCUGUGCAAAUGAAGUCUUACACAAUCAUAAAUCAUUAACCUUUCCGUGGGCCGGAAAGCCUCCGUCCGUCCCCUGAGCGCCAAAAGCUCAGUGGGCGGCGAAAAUCAACACAAUAUCAAUGAAAUCCACUUUGGUUUCGUUACGAUUCAAAGUAUGUCGGAAAGUUGGAGUGCAGCCUGCAGAUAGCGCUGCCCCCCCCCCGUCACCGCCGCUGGAUAACAAGACUGGAAAUCAAGAAGGGGGAACACAAAAGGAAACGCAGUUGGUCUGUAUGAGACCUCGCCGCGUACACGGGAUAUUUUCCACCUGGCUCGUCUCCUUAAUGGAACAAAUGUGGACCUAUCGAGCGUGGCGAAGCAGGGCAUGGCUUUAAGCAGGCUGCUGCUGCUGCCGCUUCUGCUUCUGCUAGCUUGUCAAAUGCCGUGCGCCCAAAGCAAGCCCGUCGACUUUGAGUGCAGCCGAUCGACAAGAAGAGCAUUGAAUAUUGUGGAGGAGAUGCAGGCUGCGCUGAACAACUGCAACGGUUCCAGUAGCCUGCUCAGGCCAGUCCAGCUAACUUGUGCCGAGCUCCACGUGGCAUCUUGGGAAAGAAAAUCACACCACGAGAGGAGACAAGACAUCGUCGUGUCCUUGAGGCAUCUUUUGGAGAGCGUCAAGGUUGCCAGGCCCCUCGGCCAGGCAGAAUGCGCUUUGCUACUUUUGCAGAGAUUGGAACACAACAUCAACAGCUACCUCCUCAUCCUCACGCAUCUUCAAUUGAGUGACAAGCAAGUGGAAAGCACAGAAUUGUCCUGCGUUCCUGGAAGCACCCUCAGUCUGAGCACGGUGCUGCUGAACUACAGGCGGCUCAUCACGGGCAAACUGGAGCGCCUGAUGAUGAGCCUGGAAAGUAGAUGCGCCCCCCAGUUACGAGAGCAGUAUCUUCAGUAAAAGUAUGUUUCGUCCUCAAAGCCCCAAUGACAAACUCAGCAAAAAAAAAACAAUGGAGCAUUUUCCAGAGUUGGAAGUCAGCGAGGAUGACGCUCACCAGAAAGUUGAUGUCAUAUUGUUUCGCUUUGGCCCAUUAACUAAUUGCAAAAGCAACAGCCCCCAUAUUGGUUGUACUCAUGUAAUGCACUCCAACUUUUUUCUCAACUUUCCUUAACGAAGCCGUUUUAUGCAUUUUUUUUCCCCCCAAAUUUAAAACAACAAUUACAAUCUCGUCUUGCUGAAAUUAGCUCAUUUCCAGGAGGCGCAAAGUGAAGAACUGGAUGCCUUAGCAAUGAUCACAAAGCAAGAAAGAAAAUGUGGCCUGGCUGUGUUUUUAUUCUAGUACUGAUUACCCAAUUGAUAUUGAGCAGAAGGCUAAAUUAACUUUGGAAACCUAUUGACAUGAGAACAAGAUUUUUUUUUCUCGUACGAUGCAGUUCUUUUAUUUAUAUUUACAUGUCACUGUCAUGUUCUUUCUUCUUCUUAUGCUCGCUUGUGGAUUAAAAGGAACAACCCCUUAAUUUAAUAAAAUGUAAUAAUUUACAAUCAUUAAAGCAUUUUUU